AUGUCAUCUAAGAAAGCAGCCAUCAACUCAAACGCCAAAAAACACAAGCAGAAAUUAGCCGCUCAUGCCGAGCUCAGCCAGCGACUUUCCAAGCUACAUCAGCAAAAGAAACAGCUUGCAUCUACACUCAGCGAACGCAAAGCCGAAAAGUCGAAGCGGACAAAGGAGUUGGAGUCGCUUCGGGAGACCAAUACUAAGCUCCAGAAUACAAUUUAUCUCAGUUUGUUUGAGUUUAUUUCCUCGCCUCAGUUUGAACGAUGUUUCCCGAUUUUGGAAUUCCAAAGUGCCAUAUUGUUGGGAUGCAUUGAGUUGAUGAACCUGGGACGAUUGUCUGGUGAUGUGAGGUCAGAACCUGGUGUUCCAGUGAGAUUGAAAAAUGAGGAACAUGGGGAGAAUCUGAAUAUGGUGAUGACUAUUAGGGAUGGGGAAAUGCGGAGUAUCUUGACUAGGGCAAAUGACUGGAUACGGAAAUGGGAGGCUGAGGGAAAAGCCAGUAUACGGUAG